GCCAGUCCGGAACCUCGGUGCGCGGGUGACGUGUAUUAUUUUGCCGCAAAGAACAUUUUGGAAAAUCUGUGUCCGUUCUGUGGGUGGGAUUACAAAUCGGCCGAAACGGGUCGUUAUUUGUUCGUGAAUUUGUGCAUUAGUAUUUAUUUGUGUUCAGUCCCCUAGCAAUACACGAUGAAGGUGAAGGAGUUGCAGAAGAUGGUGAAUGUGGCCUGGUCGCCGGCUCAGCAGGUCCCGAUCAUGCUGGCCGCCGGUACGGCCGCACAGCAGCUGGAUGCUUCCUUCAGCACGACCGCUUCCCUCGAGCUGUACUCGAUCAAUCUGGCCGAUCCGAGCUACGAUCUGGAGCUGAAGGGCAGCCAGCCGAGCACACACCGCUUUCACAAGCUGCUCUGGUCACCGUUGGCCGGCGCAGCGGCAGGUGACCCGGCCACCGGACCGAGCGGGCUCAUUACCGGUGGUUGCGAGAGUGGUGUGCUGCAGGUGUACAACGUGGCACAGCUGCUGGCCGGACAGAAUGCACUGGUCGCCCAGCAGGAAAAGCACCAGGGUGCGGUCCGUAGUCUCGAUUACAACCCGUUCCAACACAACCUGGUAGCGAGCGGUGCGUCCGAGUCGGAAAUUUUCAUCUGGGAUCUCAACAACACGGCCGUUCCGAUGAGCCCCGGUGCGAAGGUGACGCCGCACGAGGACGUGCAAGGCUUGGCCUGGAACCGGCAGGUGCAGCACAUUCUCGCAUCAGUCUUCCCGUCCCGGUGUGUGAUUUGGGAUUUGCGCAAGAACGAACCGAUCAUUAAGCUGAGUGAUACGCAGUCCCGGAUCCGGUGGCGGGUUGCCCAGUGGCAUCCGGACGUUGCCACGCAGCUGUGGCUUGCCAGCGAGGAGGACCAGUCCCCAACGGUACAGCUGUGGGAUUUACGGUACGCAACGGCACCGGCCAAAACGUUCCAGAUCCAUCACCGCGGCGUGUUGGGGUUGACCUGGUGUUCGAAGGAUCACGAUCUGGUGGCAUCGUGCGGUAAGGACAAUCGGAUCAUCUGCUGGAAUCAGAACACGGAGGAUCCGAACGGCGAGGUGCUUUCGGAGCUGGCCACAACGAACCAGUGGAACUUUGACGUUGCCUGGUGCCCACGGAAUCCGGCCCUGAUUGCUGGGUCGAGUUUCGACGGGAAUGUUACGAUCUACUCGAUCCACGGUGGAGUGCAUCAGCAGGUGCAGACGAGCAACAAGAUCGCUGAUUCGUUCCCCGGAAUGGAAAACAUUGGCCACGAACCGUCGCAAUCGGUUCCGCUGCAAUCGCACGGAGCGGUUAGCAACGAUCUGAAGCGUCCACCGCGCUGGAUGCGAAGACCGGCCGGCGCUUGCUUUGGCUUCGGUGGCAAGCUAGUGACCUUCAACGGAAACAGUCGCACCGUGACGGUGAAUCAGGUCGUUACCGAUCCGGAACUGAUGGAACGUUCGAACCAACUCGAGCGGGUGCUGAACGAGGGCAACUUCAUCGAGUACUGUCGCCAGAAGGCGGACCAAACGACCGAUCAGUACUCGCGGUUGAUGUGGUACUUCCUGAAGGCAAACUUUGAAAAUGACCCGCACGCCGAAAUGCUCAAUCUGCUCGGAUAUCAAGCGGAUGAUACGGCAAACAAGUUCAAGCAGUACGUGUUGGAUGGACCGAAAAACGAGGAUUCCAAUGCGGUGGAUGGACUCAGCGACCAGAUGGCUGGCUUAAGUCGGAUCACCGACAAUAAUGCAGUGUUCGAUGCGAUCGCGGCCGGUAGCAAACAGUCCGAGACGGAUAAAUCGGCGGCCGCCAAGCAAAAUGGAACGGGUGGUGAAGUGCCGUACAAGAUCCGCACCGGUCAGGAUAAGGAGGGAUUAAUUUGUGAGGCACUGCUGACCGGCAAUCUGGAGGCAGCGAUCGAACUGUGCAUGCAAACGGGCAAAACGAGCGAAGCGUUAAUCCUAGCCAUGAACAGUGGUUCGGAUUUGUUGGCCAAGGUGCAGUAUCGCUAUCUGCGCGACAACGAGAACUACCUGUCGAACCUGAUCUCGGCGCUGGUGCUGUGCGAUUGGACCGGUGUCGUGACGCAGUGUACGAUUGACUCGUGGAAGGAAGCGCUGGUGGCGGCCAUUACCCACUGCAAGCAUCAGCUACCGCUGCUCUGCGAACGGUUGGGCGAGCGGCUCCAGCAGGAAGCGGCCAGCAAUGCCGAUCUUGCCCGGAACGCUAUUUUGUGCUACAUUUGCGCCGGCAGCACGGAGCGAUUGGUUGAAGCGUGGCAACUUUCGAAGGGUGCACCGUCGAUCAACGGAGAGCUUGCUGCGGGGGGAGAUGAUGAGCUCGAUAAAAACAACAACAGCAACCGCGAUCUGCAGGAACUGGUGGCGGUGUCGAUGCUGUUGCAAAAAGCGCUGGAAAAACAAGGCCGUGCAUCUCCGGCUGCUGGCAAGUUGGCCGACCUGUUGUCACAAUAUGCGAGUCUGCUAGCUGCCCAAGGAUCGCUGCCAUCCGCGCUGACUUACUUGGGCAAUUCGACCGAUCCGGAGAUGGAGGAAUUGCGCGAUCGACUUUAUUACGCACUGGGCCACAAGACGUACACCCCGAUGGGUACGGGAAGGCCACAGUACGCUUCCCAGCAGCAGCAGCAGCAGCAGCAGCAACCACCGUUCAAUCCGAUGUUCCCCACCAUCGGACAGGCGGCUAAGAUGAAGGCGGCAUACGGGCAAACAAUGCCGCCGGCACCGGUUCCAACGCUCAAUACCGCCGCCACCAUGCAGCAACAACCCAGCUGGUCCACCUCUCCCUUCCAACAGCCACCGAUGGGUGUGAUGCCACCACCGGUUGCGGCAAACUCUGUCGCACCGCCACCCCUAGCCACAAAGCCCCCGGUAGGACCGCCUCCGUCCGUCGGCGGUGCCGGUAACGAUCUUUCCCAACCACCACGCCCAUCAAGCGUUAGCUCACAGUCGGGUGGAACCACGCUGGGCCGGGCCAAGUACGUGCUCGAUCCAUCGGUCCAGUCCGGUUCGAGCUAUGGACAGCAGAGCUCCAACUUCUACAACCCAAUGGGCUACCAGCAGCAGCCACAGCAGCCAACUGCACCGAUCGUGAACCAACCGCCACAACAGCCCAUGUCAAACUUUUACAAUCCGGCGAAUGCACCGGGUCAGACAACUAACUUUAAACCCUUCACCCCGGCACCGCUUGUGCAAGCCUCACCGUACAUGCCGGGAAUAGCUCCUCUGGAUGUAACGCAGCAGCAGCAGCAGCAGCAACAGCAGCCCGGAAUGGGUUAUCCGCCACCACCGUCGCAAGCUGGCGCACCACCCAUGGCGAACGUGCAACGGAAUCCAACGCCACCACCCGGCUGGAACGAUCCACCGGCACUGAAAUCUUCCAGCAGACCGCAACCUAAAGUUGAGCCGAACGUUAUGGCACCGAUCACGUCACCACUUCCGGCCGGUUUGGCACCCUCGAACGGAUACCCGGACACGAACAGUAACUACAUGCAGGCUGCCAGCCAGCUACAACAGCAGCAGCAGCAGCAGCAGCACCAGUCUUACAUGACGCCCCAGUCAACGAUGUACAAUCCGACGAUCGGUGGUGGUCCGCAACAGAAUGCUGCCCCGGGACUGCCGCCACAGUCCAGCACGAUCAAUUAUCAAAACUUCCAGCCAACGCUACCGUCGGCCGGAUAUCAGCAGACCGGUGGCAUGUACUACCAGGGACAGCAACCGAUGGACGGUGGACAGCAGCAACCCAUGCAACCGCCGGCACCGGAACCACCGAAGCAGAAGCCACCGCUACCGGAGCAGUACGUGUUUAUGCAGACAGUAUUUGAGGAGCUGAAGAAGCAGUGUGUAGCGUCGGCGGGAAAUCCGCAAACGAAACGAAAGCUGGAGGACGUCUCGAAAAGGCUAGAAAUGUUGUACGAUCUGUUGCGCGAGAAUAGGCUUUCGCAAAACACUCUCAACUCACUGAACCAGCUGGUGGCCCUGAUACAGGCCGGCGACUACGCCAACGGUAUCGGGCUCCACACGCAGAUGGUAUCCGGGCCGGACUUUUCCCAGAUCGCUAGCUUCAUGCCGGGCAUAAAGGUGCUGCUGCAGUCGGCCAUGCAGCUGCAGGUGUACCUCCGAUAAGGCACGACCGGUGUGAGUGUGUGUUGAGAGGUUGUAACUGCAUUUUGUGUGAUGCACGUGUGUAUACCGUUCGUGCUCGGAAAGCCAUCUUGGCUUAUACUUACUUGCGCCAGUUCAAACUCGUGUACGGGUACGAGGAGAGGAUGGUUGAAAAAAAAAAAAAUGGGGCGAACACUAGUUCAUCAUUGAUAAUACAGCAGAGGAAGGAUAUAAAUCCUGGUAGUUAAAUACGUGUAUAAUCCCGUGCUAAUGAUUAGGUUUUUUUUUGGAUAACGAAAUGAAUAAACCUACCUAUAUUUACAUCGCUAUGAUUUAAUAUAUAAAUAUAGCUGCGACAUAAUCCGAUGCAAA